CGCCUGCAUCACAAAGGAGGCCUGGAAGCUUGAGCAGGCCGCACCUGAAGCCUCUGCUGUCCGGCCCUGGAGCCCUCCCACCUGGCCCCAGCUCACCGAAGCUCUCGGCCAUCCCUACCCAGCCUUCUGAGACCUGCCUGUGGGGGACGACCAUCCCUGAGUGUCCUGAAGAGACUUGGUGAUGGGGAAGCCCGAAAGCCCGGUAGGGAUGGUGGAGAUUGCUGGCUGGCCGGGACAGAAGCACCGAGGCUUCCUGGAGGGGGGGCUGCUGCUGCUGCUGCUCCUGGUGACCGGCGCCCUGGUGGCCCUGGGCCUCCUCUAUGCUGCCAACAGCAGAGGGAAGCAGCUGACACUCUUUCCUAGCCGGCUUUGCUUCUCAAAGGAAGAGAAGACCAUUGUAAAACGAAAACCCCGAGCCAUCCAAGAGCCCAAGGAGAUGGGCGAAAUCUGCACCACCCCUGGCUGUGUGAUAGCGGCCUCCAGGAUCCUCCAGAACAUGGACCCGUCCAGGGAGCCCUGUGAAGACUUCUACCAGUACGCAUGCGGAGGCUGGCUGCGGCGCCACGUGAUCCCCGAGACCAACUCCCGAUACAGUGUCUUUGACAUCCUCCGAGACGAGCUGGAGGUCAUCCUCAAAGCUGCCUCGGGCCUCCAUCCAGCUUCCCCUCUGCCCGCAGGGGUGCUAGAGAAUGCCACCACCCAGGACAGGCCGGCUGUGCAGAAGGCCAAGAUGCUAUACCGCUCCUGCAUGAACCAGAGCGUGAUAGAGAAACGAGACUCACAGCCCCUGCUAAACAUCCUGGACGUGAUGGGAGGCUGGCCAGUGACCAUGGAUAAGUGGAACCAGAGCGUAGCCCGAGGCACUGACUCCCCAGGCCCCAAGUGGGAGCUGGAGCAGCAGCUGGCCUUGAUGAACACACAGUUCAACAGGCGUGUCCUCAUUGACCUCUUCAUCUGGAACGAUGACCAGAAUUCUAGCCGGCAUAUCAUCUACAUAGACCAGCCCACCUUGGGCAUGCCAUCCAGAGAGUACUAUUUCAACGAGGGCAGCAACCGGAAGGUGCGGGAAGCCUACCUGCAGUUCAUGAUGUCGGUGGCCAUGAUGCUGCGGGCAGACAUGAACCUCCCAGAGAACAGCUACCUGGUGCGGGAGGACAUGGUGCAGGUGCUGGAGCUGGAGACGCAGCUGGCAAACGCCACGGCCCCCCAGGAGGAGAGGCACGAUGUCACUGCCCUAUAUCAUAGGAUGGGCCUGAAGGAACUCCAGAGCAAGUUUAGCCUGAAGGGGUUUAACUGGACCCUCUUCAUACAAUCUGUGCUGUCCUCUGUCAAAAUCAAACUGUUGCCAGAUGAAGAAGUGGUGGUCUAUGGCAUCCCCUACCUUCAGAACCUUGAAGAAAUCAUCGAUGUCUACUCAGCCAGGACCAUGCAGAACUACCUGGUCUGGCGCCUGGUGCUGGACCGCAUUAGUAGCCUGAGCCAGCGAUUCAAGGAUGCACGGGCAAACUACCGCAAGGCGCUGUACGGCACAACCGUGGAAGAGGUGCGCUGGCGAGAGUGUGUUAGCUACGUCAACAGCAACAUGGAGAGCGCUGUGGGCUCCCUCUACGUCAGGGAGGCCUUCCCUGGAGACAGCAAGGACGCGGUGGGUGCUCGGCACUGGGACUGCUCCGCACCCCUGCCCAUGGUCCAUUGCCCAGGGCCAGCAGGGACGGGGCUUUGGACCAGACCCCUGCAGCGACCCCGGAGCUGGUCAUGCAGGACAAGGGCCAUGCACUCCCCCCAGGUCAGAGAGCUCAUCGACAAGGUACGGGCGGUAUUCGUGGAGACCCUGGAUGAGCUGGGCUGGAUGGACGAGGAGUCCAAGAAGAAGGCCCAGGAGAAGGCCAUGAACAUCCGCGAGCAGAUUGGGUACCCAGACUACAUUCUGGAGGAAAGAAACAAGCACCUGGACGAGGAGUACUCCAAUCUGAACUUCUCGGAGGACCAGUACUUUGAAAACGGUCUCCAGAACCUCAAGGCUGGCGCCCAGCGGAGCCUCAAGAAGCUGCGGGAGAAAGUAGACCAGAACCUGGGCCCCAAGCAGGGGAGCCGCAUUCAGCCAGCAGGGGGCCAGGACGGAGGACUCCCAGGCACGGGCUUGGGUGACCUGCCCGUUCAUCACAGCUGGAUCAUUGGGGCGGCCGUGGUUAAUGCAUUCUACUCCCCGAACCGAAACCAAAUAGUGUUCCCUGCUGGGAUCCUACAGCCUCCAUUCUUCAGCAAACAUCAGCCUCAGGCCUUGAACUUCGGGGGCAUUGGGAUGGUGAUUGGGCAUGAGAUCACCCACGGCUUUGACGACAACGGCCGUAACUUUGACAAGAAUGGGAACAUGCUGGAUUGGUGGAGCAAUUUCUCAGCCCAGCACUUCCGGGAGCAGUCGGAGUGCAUGGUCCACCAGUACGGGAACUACUCCUGGGACCUGGCGGACAACCAAAACGUGAACGGGUUCAGCACACUCGGGGAAAACAUCGCCGACAACGGAGGGGUGCGGCAGGCAUACAAGGCUUACCUCAAGUGGAUGGCAGAAGGCGGCAAGGACCAGCAGCUGCCAGGGCUGGGACUGACCUACAACCAGCUGUUCUUUAUCAACUAUGCCCAGGCCCGCCCCCCAGUCCUGCAGCCAUGCCCCUCGUGUGCCCACAGGUGUGGUGUGGGUCCUACCGGCCUGAGUUUGCCAUACAGUCCAUCAAGACCGACGUCCAUAGCCCCCUGAAGUACAGGGUGCUGGGCUCGCUGCAGAACCUGGCAGCCUUCUCGGAGGCCUUCCACUGUGCCCAGGGCAGCCCGAUGCACCCGCACCAGCGAUGCCGCGUCUGGUAGCCACGGGCAAGCCACUCUGCCAUGGUCCACGCGCACCGGCCACAGGAGGCCAGGCAUCCCUUCUGCGUGCAGCUGGAGCAGCGGGCCAGGCCAGCACGCAUCCCACCCCGCGCCGCCUGGAGUGCAGCCGCGGCACCCCGGUUAAGCGGGGCCACCUGGUGCCCUCGGCGCCCCAGCCCUGUAGACGUGUUUAACUGUCUGCACCCACUCUCCAAAGUGUCCUUGUCAGCUGUCCACAAGCUUCAGACUUGAGCUAAGUAAACGCUUCAAAGAA